UGUUGACAUUCAUUUGACAUUUGACUUGACGUUUACUGAUAUUUGCAAUUCGCCAGGGUUCCGAUUUCCUUUUUCUUGUGUAUUUCUUAAAAUAUUGCACUAUUCUAGACCUUAAAAUGGGCUAUAAAUUUUUAAAAAUUGCCUCUUCUUCCUUUAAGAGUGGCACAGUUUUGUCCUCAAGGAACUACGCCACCACUCACAAUGCUGACCUAGUAGUGAUAGGAUCGGGCCCUGGCGGCUAUGUGGCGGCGAUCAAAGCAGCACAACUUGGACUAAAAACCAUAUCAGUAGAGAAGGACCCCACUCUCGGCGGGACAUGUCUGAACGUGGGCUGCAUCCCGUCCAAGGCGCUGCUCCACAACUCACACCUGUACCACCAGGCCAAGCACGACUUCAAAAACAGAGGCAUCGAGACAGGAGAGGUCACAUACAACUUCAAAGCUAUGAUGGACUACAAAGUGAAUGCCGUGUCGGCUUUGACCGGAGGCAUUGCUAUGCUCUUCAAGAAAAACAAGGUUGACCUAGUGCGAGGUGUGGGCACCAUUGUGAACCCAACACAGGUCCAAGUGACUGGUGCUAAUGGAGUGGAGACCAUCAACACUAAGAACAUCCUUAUUGCCACCGGCUCAGAGGUCACACCCUUCCCUGGUGUCACUGUUGACCAAACUGCCAUUGUGGACUCAACGGGAGCCCUGGCCCUUCAGCAAGUGCCCAAGAAGAUGCUGGUCAUCGGUGCUGGGGUCAUCGGCCUUGAGCUGGGGUCAGUGUACCAGAGACUGGGUGCUGAUGUCACUGCCAUCGAGUUCCUUACUUCUAUUGGAGGUGUGGGCAUCGACGGCGAAGUCGCCAAGACCUUACAGAAGAUCCUGGCCAAGCAGGGCAUGAACUUCAAGCUAGGCACCAAGGUGCUCGGGAUCAAGAAGGAGGGCGGCGGCGUUAAGGUCGACGUGGAAGCCGCUAAGGGAGGCAACAAGGAGACUCUCGACUGCGACGUGGUACUAGUGUCCAUCGGUCGGCGGCCGUACACCACGGGGCUGGGGCUGGAGAAGGUGGGCAUCGCGCUCGACGACCGCGGCCGCGUGCCCGUCAACAACAAGUUCCAGACUAAAGUGCCCAACAUCUACGCCAUCGGCGACUGCAUCCACGGGCCCAUGCUGGCGCACAAGGCGGAGGACGAGGGCAUCGUCUGCGUCGAGGGUAUCAAGGGCAUGCCAGUUCACUUCAACUACGACGCCAUUCCGUCUGUGAUCUACACCGCGCCUGAGGUCGGCUGGGUCGGCAAGACCGAGGAGGAUCUUAAGAAAGAGGGCCGCGCCUACAAAGUGGGCAAGUUCCCGUUCCUGGCCAACUCUCGCGCGAAGACCAACGGCGAGCCCGACGGCUUCGUGAAGGUGCUGUCCGACAAGGCCACCGACAUCAUCCUCGGCACGCACAUCAUUGGACCCGGUGGUGGUGAGCUGAUCAACGAGGCUGUGCUGGCGCAGGAGUACGGAGCGUCCGCCGAGGACGUCGCGAGAGUGUGCCACGCCCACCCCACAUGCUCGGAGGCGUUGCGUGAAGCGAACUUGGCUGCGUACAGCGGGAAACCUAUCAACUUCUAAGCAUAGAUUUUAUAUGUGUAAUUUGUAAUGUUCAAGUUACCGCCAGGGUCAAAUUAGUCUUAAUUCCGCUCUCAGGAAUCUUGAAUGAAUCUGAUGUGUAUUUAUUUCGGAAUAUAUGAAGGUGUGUAAAGUAGUCCUCCAUCACUGUGAAUAAGCCCUAGUUUCGUCAACACAACCCCUACUUGUAAGUGAUCUUAUAUCUAUUAUUUAUUUAUUGUGUUGAUUUCAUUCCGAUCACCUCUGCCUUCAUAAAACCGCAUUUACCGCAAGUAAAUGUAAUUGUACAUUCGUGUAUUUAUUUUCUUUUGUAAAUAGAUUUACAAGCGAAAUACAAUUCUGUUAAUUUA